GGCUCCGGCUCCGGCUCCGGCUCGGGCUCGGCUCGGCGGGCGGGCGGACAUGGCGGCCAACAUGUACCGGGUCGGAGAUUAUGUCUACUUUGAGAAUUCCUCAAGUAACCCAUAUCUAAUUAGAAGGAUAGAAGAACUUAAUAAGACGGCCAAUGGCAACGUGGAAGCAAAAGUAGUAUGCUUUUAUAGACGGCGAGACAUUUCCAACAGUCUUAUAAUGCUUGCAGACAAGCAUGCUAAAGAGAUUGAAGAAGAAUCUGAAACUUCAGUAGAUGCUGAUUUGACAGAUAAACAGAAACAUCAGUUGAAACAUAGAGAACUAUUUUUGUCACGUCAGUAUGAAUCUCUUCCUGCAACACAUAUCAGGGGGAAAUGUAGUGUUGCGCUUCUGAAUGAGACAGAAUCAGUUUUGUCAUAUCUUGAUAAAGAGGAUACCUUUUUCUAUUCUUUGGUUUAUGAUCCUUCGUUGAAAACACUUUUAGCAGACAAAGGGGAAAUCAGAGUAGGACCUAGAUAUCAAGCAGAUAUACCAGACAUGCUCACAGAAGGAGAAGCAGAUGGCAGAGAACAAUCAAAACUGGAGGUUAAAGUUUGGGACCCAAACAGCCCUCUUACUGAUCGACAGAUUGACCAAUUUUUAGUUGUAGCCCGUGCGGUUGGAACAUUUGCUCGAGCCCUGGAUUGCAGUAGUUCGGUCAGACAGCCCAGUUUACACAUGAGUGCUGCUGCUGCUUCCCGAGACAUCACUCUGUUUCAUGCUAUGGACACAUUAUACAGACACAGUUAUGAUUUGAGCAGUGCAAUUAGUGUUCUGGUACCACUUGGAGGACCUGUUUUAUGUAGAGAUGAAAUGGAAGAAUGGUCUGCUUCUGAAGCUAGCCUGUUUGAAGAAGCUUUGGAAAAAUAUGGAAAAGACUUCAAUGAUAUACGUCAGGACUUUCUCCCAUGGAAGUCAUUGACUAGCAUCAUUGAAUAUUAUUACAUGUGGAAAACUACUGACAGAUAUGUACAACAGAAACGCCUGAAAGCUGCUGAAGCUGAAAGCAAAUUGAAACAGGUCUAUAUUCCAACUUACAACAAACCAAAUCCCAACCAAAUAUCUGGCAGCAAUGGCAAACCCAACACUGUGAAUGGAGCUGUGGGAACCCCAUAUCAACCCCAGAGUGCACUGAUAGGACGGGCCUGUGAGAGCUGCUACACCACCCAGUCUCACCAGUGGUAUUCUUGGGGGCCACCUAACAUGCAGUGUAGAUUAUGUGCAACCUGUUGGCUGUAUUGGAAAAAAUAUGGUGGCCUGAAAAUGCCAACACAGACAGAAGAAGAGAAGCUAUCACCCAACCCAACUACAGAGGAUCCCCGUGUUAGAGGUCACAUGUCACGUCAGGCCACACAGGGAAUGCCAGUCCGUAACACUGGAAGUCCAAAGUCAUCUGUGAAGACCCGCCAAGCUUUCUUCCUUCAUACUACAUGUUUGACCAAACUUGCUCGCCAGGUCUGCAAAAAUACCCUCCGGCUGCGGCAGGCAGCAAGACGACCCUUUGUCCCUAUUAAUUGUGCUGCCAUUAGGGCAGAAUAUGCAGACAGACACUCAGAGGUAACUGGAAGUCCUCUGAAGAGCAAAAGCACUAGAAAACCUUUGGCAUGUAUCAUUGGUUAUUUAGAGAUCCAUCCUGCAAAGAAACCAAAUGUACUAAGGUCUGCACCAAGCCUGCAAAGCCCAUCUACUAAGCGAAUGCUUGCCACCCCAAACCAUGCGUCUCUGAGCAUCCUGGGAAAGAGAAACUACAGCCAUCACAAUGGCCUGGAUGAACUCACAUGCUGUGUUUCCGACUGAGAUGCCCUCCUCCCGUCCUCCAAACCAAGACUCACUUCACUGUCCUACUGACGUUCACAGCUUUGGCUUAGGAAGAGGCAGUUGUGCUCCUGGCACAUCCCAGCUUGAAACCCCCAGGACCUGACCCCACACUGAGUCAAUUGCCCAUAGUGGGGAAACUUUGAGUUCAGAUCCCCAAAGCCACAUCUCCAUUUUGUGCAUCAGUAGCAUCUCCCUUAGCCUCUCAAGGUACAAGCUGCCCAAGAGCAGGACCCAUUUGAGAAAGGAGACGAAAGUUUACCCUACUAUUUUAUCUGCAGCCCUCCAGCAUCACAGGAUUUGCAGUUUUUCUCUCCCUCCUCUUGAGCACAUAAAGGGUCAACUGUAUAUCCUAGAAUGAAGCAAGUCCUGAGCCCUGCUGCCUUGGAGAGACAGUAAUGUUUCAUGUAUCAGCCUGACUGUGGUUUGUGAGGAUGUGUAAUUGUGUAUAGGAGGGGGUAUAACAUCUUUUUGAAAGAAUUCUUAAGAAAUGUGCUCAUGUAUGUGCAGCCUGCUGUGACAUCUUUUCCCCUUUACCAGGCAUCACAGUCACACAGCUUUGAUACCACCUUUGCAUAACUUCCUCUUUGAUGCUAAGCUUCUAUUAGUUAUGUGGUUUAUUUUAAAAGGGAAACUUUCUCUCCCGCUGGGCAGCAAGAGUCUCCAGAAUUAUCUGUCUCAAGCAGCAGAAAUUGCCUUUUGUGAUUCUCUGAAAGCCUCCUUCCUUGUCGCCUGUCUUUUUAAUUGUUGGGUAUAGCCUGAGGCCUUAAUGUUCACAUGUAGCUCUUAGAUUACCUUUGCCCUCCCCCUAUUUCCCCAGUGCUUAAACUUUGCCUCGAAUUUGUCAUGAAUGACACAAAUCAUUUUCUUCCCUUCCUAAGGGAACUUUCAUUUUAUUCACUAAUGAUAAUCCAGGUGUUCUGGGCUCACCCCUGCAGGUCAUCCAAGUGACAAACCAGUAAGGGAUAAACUGGGCCUGAAUCUGCCCUUACAUGGCUGAAACAAGUUGGAACACAUCAGUCCGGCAGAGGACAACUUUGCCCGUUAGGCAGAUGGAAGCGGAGAGGGAGGAAGGGGGAAAGAGAGAGAAGGAGUAGGAUUCAGAUAACACAGAGCUUGGAGGCCCCCCAGGAACCUACAUAAACACAGGAUUGCUUCUCUUCAUCUGCUGGCUUGAACUCCUUUCCUCAGAACCAAACCUUGAUGUCUUUACAAGUGGUUAUUUUGCAGUUCUUAGCUGAGGUUGAAUUGAAGAAAACAACAAAAAAUGAAAGGAAAUAGUUCUCCCUGGAAAGGUGAAUGUAGGUGAUAUCCCUGAAUAUGAAAUUCCACAUGCAUGACUUCUAAGUUUCAUUUCUCUAACUCUUAGGAACGGAAAACACUCAGGAGCUGCAGGCUCAAGCCACCUUGUUUCCCUUUAUUAUAGGGUCCAUUGUCCCUAUAAUAUUCAAAGCUUCAGGAAAUGUGAGACAACAUUGAGUUGAGUGAGUCUGGGGACCCCUGCCUCUCUGGUCAGCCAUAUCCUUAAUAGAUGGAUUUGAGUGAACGUAAGAGAAUAUAAUGCAUGAUGGGAUGAUACUCUGGGUCAAAGCUUCAAGUAUUAACCUGACUUCCAGAAACAUUAAUUACUUCCUCUUUUUUUUUUUUAAUGAGGGAGGCAAUCCAGGCCCUUUUCCCAGGAAUAUUUCCAGGUCUGUCCUCUGGAGUAAUGUGAGAUAGUGACUGGGUGCCAGAAGAGGAGCCAGCUAAAUGGAGACCAGGGUGAGAAAAGGAGACUCGGGGCUCAGAAAGUAUAGAAGGAUUCCUUUAAGGGUGGUCCUUGGGCUGAAGGAAAAAGAAAACCAGAUUUGUCCGCCGAAGUGGGCUACAUGGUAGAGACUUUCAAUCUGUUCCUGUUUCAUGAAUGGGGUUUUUUUGGACCUAAGAGAGUAAAUGACCCCUUGUCCUCUCCCCUCUCCCUUGAAAACCCUUAUUAAAUGCAGCCUUCUGAUUUGCUUUUGGCCAUUGUUAACUCCAACUUCUGAGGAUCUUAAAAGAUGAACCAUUCACCAGGUCCACGGAAUUGUGCAUACAGGGCCAGGCUGUAUAGGGGAAUAGUGCCCUAGACAUUUCAUUCUGAGAACUUUUGCCAUCCAACUGUGAGAGAGUACCGGCUCCCUGUAAACUUUGCUCAGAAGGGAUCCUUUCUCCAUUUGAAGGUUCUCAGGCCGGCAAACUCUGAGCUUCCUAGAAGUAGAUUGUGAAAUAUGAAUGCUUAUGGGGGAGAGUUUAAUAACUAUCACUCAAUUUCUAGUCCAACUUUAUGUGACAUAUAGGACUCGAUGCUAGUCUUGAGGGUUUCUCAGGCUUUCCCCUCCUGUGACUAUAAAAAUCCCAUUGUAGCAUGAUGAGUUUCCCUGUGUACUGCCAUCUGGUCCAUAUGUCCCAGUGAGUUACACACACACACACAUACAUACAUAUACGUGCAUACAUAUAUGCACAUGCAUGUGCACAAGUGUAGAAAAGCUCUGCUCUUAUGACAAGUCAAAUGACCUUUUAAAGCCUAGAGCGUUCAUCCACGCCAGCAUUGCUUCCUCUCUUGUCUCCAGUUCCCCUCUAUGGCACGAAUAAUCCAAAAGGAAAAAACUGAAAUAAACUAUUGGUCAUGUUUUCAAUAUUUCUGCUAAUUCUAACUUUCCCAGAGCCUAAUGUCUAUUAGCCUUGAUCCCCAUGAAGAUAUAGGCCUGCUGUUAGUUCUUCUGGCCACAUUGAAGAGAUUGGGCAUGUUUUUCUUUCUUGUAAGGUAGUAAGAUGCCCCGUUAUGCUAAGUUCAGGUAGAGGCAAGGUUAAGAGAUGCUAAAAAAGGGAUUCAGGUGCUAGAUGGUAGGUUGGUCUUGAAGGGCCUGUAAAGUCCCUUCCAACUCCUAGGUUCUGUGAGCCCAAAAGAAGCAUUACUUUUGUAGUUGUGUAGAACUAGCUCUGUUAGGACUGGAUAGGUGGGGAGAAGUUACCUCUUUCUGUGGUUGGAUAUUGUACAGUGAGCAGCUGAUGUGAUCGGAGGGUGUGUAGGUCGCUUUGUUUAGUUAAAGGGGGCCCUUUCCCCAACUCCACCGUCCUUCCUCCCAGCAAAGUACCUUUGAUCUUGGCUGUCUCACAGAACUCAACUCAACUCACUACCCUGCUGUCCCUGGUGCUUGUGUUGCAGUUGUGAGGACUAACCCAAACCAGGCCUUAUAGACAAGGAAACAAACUCAAAGAGGGUAAGUCACUUGUUCAUGGUCACACUACCAAUAAAUGGCAGAGCUGGAUUCAAACUGGGGAAUUCUGAGUCCAAAGCCAGGAUUCUUUGUACUGUAGUGCCUUGGCUACCUCUAGUUAGUUUUGUGAGCAUCUCUGAGAAAAAAAGGAAGAGAAAAGCCCUGCUUUUCAGUCGUUAAGCCUCAGGAGUCAUGUUGUGCAUUUACUUUAUACAGCUGACUCAAAACCACCCCCAGGAUGAAAAACCUGAUCAGAAUUUGUUUUGCCCACUCAUGAAGGUGUUCUGAUUGAUUGAACUUUAGUGAUGACAAGGGAUUAGGCCUGAAGGAAUAGUGUUCCUUGUUGUUCCCUAGGCCUCAGAAUCCCCAAGUUGUAACUAGGGAGAAUCUCCUUAGAUUCUUGAUCGUUUAACUGCUCCCGGGAGAAGCUGCUGUGAUAGGGAAGGAAACAAGUGGGAUGUCUGUCCUUAUCCAGGGAGUGCUCUUCAUGGCAUUUCUAUUUGUAGAUUUGAAACUUCAAGCUGAGUUCAGAUCUGGGCUGGGGUUGUGAUCCUCCCCUUAUUUUCCUUGGACUUUGUAAGUAAAGAUAGGGAGCGAAGAAGGGAAAACAUCUAAGAGAAAUGAGGAAUACCCUCUAAUUCCUCUUCCCCAGCCAGGAUCAGUACCUCUAGGAAGCAAGAAAUAUGGAGUGAGGGUAGGAUGGGAUGAGAGGUAGGGGAAAAGAAGAGGAAAGGAAGAAGCAGGAACUAGGAGAGAGGCAUAUUGAAAAUUCAUCAUUCCCUAUUUUAGAGGAGGCUUUCUGUGGAUUUCUGCUGUUUCCUAGUUUGUAAGCGUUUUCAGAAAAAGAAAAUGAAGGUGAGAGUGAGGUCACAGGUGGGGUAGUUCAGAGAUAAAGCCCCAAGGGCUUUUACAUUUUUGUCUUGGUAAAAGUAAGAAGCUUGGACUAUAUGAUUUGAAAAGAUCCUUCCAACUCUAAAAUUUAUUUCAAAAGUAUGGGAAUGUAUAGGUGAAAACAAUAAACAGUGGUUUUGUUGCUGUA